CUACUGGGUUUGUAAAGGGUAUGCCACGCAUAAUCACUAAUAAGAAUGGUCACACGCACCCAUUCUAAGUGUGGGAUGGGGGGAGGUUCCCUUCUCUUCUGUUAAUCAUUCCCUACUGAUAACCUGUGGCAUUGGUGACAGGUUCCUGUUUGCCUUGGAAGUGAUGGUGCUGAGACACAAGGUUGCUAAGAGUUGUCAGAUGACACUUGCUCACAUGAGACCAUUAAGAGGGUGUUGCAGCCAGUUUUAAAACAAGUUUGCAUCUUAGGAGUCAAUGAGAAAGCAGUAACCUCCCUAUCCAAGGCCAUCUGCUUAGGUCUUGUGAUCAAAUAAUUGCUAGCUACAGAUGCAUACCAGGAAGCAAGAUAGUCACAGCUCUUACUAGCUGCCGCUUCUGCCAAAGAGAGGGCUGAAUUACUGAAACAAGCAGGUUUAUGCUAUUUUUCCAUUUAAAGUAUAAGGUAGAUUGCUAGGCUGUGUAAUAAAUAUUAUAGCUUUUCUUCAGCCAGAAAAGCUUCACAGUCAUGGCAGAAAAGGCAGCUACUUCAUAAAAAGAAAACCAGCUGGAUGCUGUCCAGUUUCUGGCUGCUGUCCUUAUGGCUAAUAGAUCCCUUCAGCAGAGCUCAGAAUUUAUGUGGCUGUUUCUUUAAAUGCACACAUUUAUUUCAAAAAGCUGUGAGUGAGAGAACACCUGUGAACUCAAAAUGUGUGGAGGCACACCGAAGACUUCAAGCAGCACAGGGAACCAGACCAAGAAAGCGAGGAAAAUCCAUGAUUCAUCUAUGGCACUGGUGAAUAGCUUUUCAAAGCCAAGGUUAGAUAAGGCUAAGAAGCCAUUCAUGGCAGAAAAAAGCUCUAAACUCGCAGAGAGAGUUGCUGAAGACCUAUCAAUCAGCUGGUCCUGUGCAGGGUUUGACCUGCAAGAAAUUCGCCUAAUAGUGUACCAGGAUUGUGAGAGGCGAGGCAGACAGGUCUUGUUUGACUCUACAGCAAUCCGCAAGACUGAGGAGACAAGGGUUCAGGAUGCUGCUGGAAAGACAUGUGGCAAGUUCUGUCAGGCAAGCGGUGGUUCCAGUGCAACAUCUUCCCAUAGUCCUUCAGUGGAUGGCAAACCAAAUACCAGUGAAGACAUCCCAAAGUAUCAGUAUACUAGGCCAGCUUCUGAUGUUAAUAUGUUGGGAGAGAUGAUGUUUGGGUCAGUCACGAUGAGAUACAAAGGUUCUACACUGAAAAUCCACUAUAUUCGCUCUCCUCCACAGCUUAUGAUGAGCAAAGUAUUCUCUGCCAGAGUGGGUAGCUUCUGUGGAAGUACGAGUAGCUUGCAAGGUAGUUUUGAAUAUAUCAAUCAAGAUCCCAGUUUAGCAAGGCUGAACCCCAACCCAAACAGUUUGGGCCCCUGUCACAAUGGAAGCAGCCUAGGUGUAUUACAGCUGUGCAGCAACAAGGUGCUGCACGGUUUGCCUGAAGAGAACCCGCUCCGGCUAAUCCGGAGUGCUUCUUUCUUUGCAGCACAUAGCACACCUGUUGACAUGCCUAGCAGGGGACAGAAUGAAGACAGAGACAGCGGCAUUGCCCGGUCAGCCUCUUUGAGCAGUCUUUUGAUGACUCCACUGCCAUCUCCAAGCUCCUCUUCCAGCAGCUACUGGCGCCGUCAGCUAAGAUAUCAAACAACAAGUUUGGAAAAUGGCAUUAUUCCUAGGUGGCCAACUGAAGAAACAUUCAGCAUGGCAGAUGAAAGUUGUGGCCUCAAUCCUGCAAUGGUUCGGAGGAAGAAAAUUGCCAUCAGCAUCAUUUUUACCCUCCCAGAAAAGGAAGAGGCCCAGAGAGACUUCCAGGAUUUUUUCUUCUCCCACUUCCCUUUAUUUGAAUCCCAUAUGAGCAAGCUGAAGAGCGCAAUUGAAAUGGCAAUGGUCUCCUGUAGAAAAAUAGCAGAAACUAGCCAAAGAGUGCAAGUUUACAUCAGCCGUGUCAUGGAUGCUCUGGAUGAAUUUAGAGUCACAAUCUGGAAUUUGUAUUCAGUUCCAAGGAUUGCAGAACCCGUUUGGCUUACCAUGAUGUCUGGUGCUUCAGAAAAGAUCCUCUUAUGCCAGCACUUUUUCAAGGAGUUCACUGCACUGAUCGAACAGACCAGCAAAAACCAGUUCUUAGCUGCACUGCUGACAGCGGUGCUGACCUAUCACCUGGCCUGGGUCCCAACGGUGAUGCCAGUUGACCAUCUCCCUCUCAAGGCCUUUUCCGAGAAACAUGCCUCUCCGUCUGUGAAUAUGCUGGCAAAAUCUCAUCCUUACAAUCCGCUCUGGGCUCAGCUUGGUGACUUGUAUGGUGCUAUAGGUUCGCCAGUCAGGAUGGCAAGGACUGUAAUUGUUGGAAAACGUAAGGAUUUGGUUCAGCGCAUACUCUACGUUCUUACAUAUUUCUUACGGUGCUCUGAACUGCAAGAGAAUCAGCUGACCUGGAGUGGCCAGGUUGGAAAAGGAGAGCAAGCCCUGAGUGGCAGCAAGCUCACAACAGCCCUAGAAAAGGGAGAAGUUGAGGAAUCCGAUUAUGUGGUGGUCACCGUUAGAAAUGAACCUGCUCUCAUACCUCCUGUUCUGCUCCCAAAGGACAGAAGCCCUGUUCCUAGGGGGCAAAAAAGCUGCUCAGAGCCUGCCUACUUGAAAUCAAAGCAUGAUGGAAUGCAUGGCGAUCCGCAUUCUGAGGCACCUUCUUGCUUGCCCCGAGUUGGCUGCCCAAAAAGAAUUGUGGAGGAGGCAACGAAGGGAAAAACUCUGGCCAGUUCAGAACCUGUGUCUGCAGGGCCAGCAAGAUUGGAAAACUUAACAGCAGGAGUGAAUGAUGGCAACCAGUGCAGUGUCAAAGGACACGUGCUUGGCAGCUUGACAGCUCUACAGCAUCCGGAGAGGAUUGAGCAGAGGUACCCUCACUUGGAAAAGGUUACCUUUCAGAUUGGAAGCUCCACCUCACCAGAAUCUGAUUUAGAAACCCAAAGAAAGGAGAUGGACAAAACGAUGGGGAUGCUCAGGGGUAAAAGCAAGUCCCUGCACAUGGUGUCAGGUCCACUACAUACAACUGCCCAGGCCCAGCAGGAGAAAUCUGACAUCUGCCUUAAACCCCGUGCUAGACAGAGAGCUAAUAAAGCCCGAGUAUCAAGUGCAUCUUGCUCGUCAGGUCAGCUGUCUGUACUCUCUGACAGCAGAGUCAAAAUUACAAAUCUGGGAAAGCGAGAGAAAUCUGAAAGUACAUGCUUGGAAAAUCUGGAAGGAGAUUCUCUCGACUGCGAUUCCGGAAGUUCAACUGAUAUACAUGGGUCUGGCCAAGCAGCUACUGAGGAUAUCCCCUGUGGGGAAGCUGGAAGCAAACACCCUUUUAGAAUGGAAGAGGACCUUCCCAGAAAUGAGAGCUCUGACAGUGCCCUGGGAGAGAGUGAUGAUGAGGGCAGUGCAUGCAUUCCAGCUGCACACGUGCCAAGUCUUGUCAACAGUAGGUCUGAAGAGCUCUCUGAAGUGGAACUUGCUCUGCCGAGUUCCAGUACAAUCAGUGCUCAAAGCACGAAGCAUUUUGGAAGGUCCCUUCUGGGUGGCUAUUGUGCCGCAUACAUGCCUGAUCUGGUGUUGCAUGGAAUAAGUACCGAUGAGCAACUUAAACAGUGCUUACCAGCAGAGUUGAGUCAUGCAGUGAAUCACCCUGUACUAGAUGAGCCCAUAGCAGAAGCUGUUUGCAUUAUUGCAGAUACAGAUAAAUGGACAGUACAGGUGGCCACAAGCCAGAGAAAGAUGAUGAUGGACAACAUAAAGCUAGGCAAAGAUGUCCUGGUCUCCAGCCAAGUGUCUUCUUUAUUGCAAUCCAUUUUUCAGCUUUACAAACUUAACCUUCCUGCUGACUUUUGUAUAAUGCAUCUUGAGGAUCGACUACAGGAAAUGUACCUCAAAAGCACAAUGCUGUCUAAAUAUUUGCGAGGUCAAACACGAGUUCAUGUGAAAGAACUUGGAGUGGUAUUGGGGAUUGAAUCCAAUGACUUGCCUCUGCUGGCUGCCAUAGCAAGUACUCAUUCUCCAUAUGUUGCUCAGAUAUUCCUCUAAGCUGAAACCUGGAAGGCAAAGUGAGUGGAUUUGCAGUGGAAAAACAGAGAUGCCAGUCAAGAAGAGACGAGGACCAGAGGACAGCCAGCAGGUGACAGCAGCUCUGUCACUUUUCCUCUUCUACAUUUUGUCUGAACACUUAACAGUGGAACAGUUUACAUAAUGGGAAGGACAAUUCAGGGUUUUUAUAUUGUCAUGCAUUCUUGUACUUUAAUGGACAAAAAGGAUUAAACACUAUUGGUGGAUACACUGCUUAUACAUAGUUUUCAGCCAAACGAAAAACAAAAAUCCAAGUUUGGUUUCCUUACCAUUGCACUUGUCCUUCAAACCCUUUUAGAUGGGGAGUUGUAAGUAAACCUGUAUAAGCAUUCCUACGUUUGGAUGAUGAUGAGUUGAAGGAUGUAUUUAUGACUGUGCUCUUGUGUUACAGUGUUGUGUGGAACAAGGAAUGGAUAUUCAGCUACUGGGUAAAAGCUUGUGUGCUUGAUUGGUUCCUAAGUGAGCAAAACAACCCAAGGGGGCUGCAUCUGUAUUCAGUGUUCUUGGUGGAGAAGGAAGUCUCAUCAGUGUUAGAGGAAAACAGAAAAAACUCAUGGAGCCUUGGCAUAACGUCUGCCUUGUUGCAAAUUCCACAUCUUGAAUUCCUGCUUCCUUGACUUGUUAAAAUGUAGGUCAGACAUCCUAAUUUAUCCUAUAAUAGCAGUGCAAAACAAAUUUUGUAUGGGAGCUUUUAAGAACCAGUAUGGUUAUGAAGUUGGCCUAAAUGUUGGGUAACUCAUUUUUAAAGUCAUCACUGUAUCUUUGCCCUUGAAUGUGCAGGAGAAACCCCGGGGAGGAUAUUUCUGGGGAUGCAGAGAGGUGAGGUAACCACAGUAACAGUGACACAGCGAUUCAUUACGACAAUUACAAGUGUCCAUAAAAAGUUUUGCACUAGUUUCUCAGUGCCUUCCACUCUUGUAAGUCUUGUUUCUAAAAGAGAAAAAUGAAUUCAGGAGUUAACGAUAUCCUUCUCUUUUUAACAAUAUAGCAUAGGCCAUAUACAUCUUGGGUUUCAGACCUAGGGCUUUACUUAGAAGGUUCAGUGUAUGUGAAGCACUGUAGAUUACUGUGUGAAAGUAAAAGAAAGAGGAGUGUGAUCUCUCCGGCAAAAUUUCCUUGACACAGAAAACGCUAAGAUUAUCCUACUGGCCUAAUACAGUCUCCAUAUUGGACUGACAUUUCUAAACCAAGGUAGAAAGAAGCUUUGUCCUAGUUGGCAACUGACCUUAGUGGUGCUGGCAAUCUUGAUACAAUGUUUACCCAAAUACCAGUUUAAUACUAUAGCAUUAUCUUGUUCAGGGCUCGUCAGAUUUUCCAUUUUGUUCCAUUGCUCCUUCAUUCUCUGCAACAUUUAAUCAAAGAAACCUACACCUAGGCAUUCCUGUUUUAUAGAAGACAGUAGAUAGCAGCAUUGUUUGCUUCCCAAUCCAUUUUCUUUUGUGCAUAUUUGCUUUAAAAAAUGAAUACACUUAUUCUAAAUUGAUGAAGGUUCAACUAAAACGGGAGCUUUUCACAGCGUAUAAACUGAGAGUUGCCCUCGUAAUUAGAAUACUAUUUUAGUAAACGUAGCUUUGUUCUAUGUUCUAAGAAAAAUAAAUCUUUUCCCUUUCCCACUUAAAACAAAAAACUACCUCAGUAUAGAGAAUAAGCUGCCAGGAGGGGGCAACUUCAAUUUGUGCACCUGUUGAACUUUGUGAAGGAUUGUGCUGUAGCAUCUGCAGAGUAAAAAAACCUCAUACCAGGGGGUGUCCAUGACUAUUUUUUUUAUUAGCAUGUUUUAAUACUGAUAUUUUCAAUAGUUUUAAAACUGAUACAGACAAAUGUGAGAGUUCCUGAAACUGACAAUAAAAGAAAGCUCUUUAAAUCUUUAAAAUUCCAUUUUAUAUUUUUAAUGGUAUAUUAAACAGUAUUGUGUACCCUCCCCCUGCCACCGAUUAGCAGACUUUUUCAUUUCGUAAGUGGGAGCAAAUCUCUUGAGAAUAUCACAGACCAUAUCUUGCAACAUUAACCAUGAAUGUGGUUUUUCUAAAAGUAUCUUAAGUUUUAAUAAAUAGAAGCAAAAAAGAAAAGCAGAUGUCUUAUUCUAGAUGUUUGAUUCAGAUAAAAGGUUUGUAAUACAUUUUAAUGCAAUCAGAAGUUUUAGCGUGAUGUGUAGCAUUUGCAAAAUAUUGAUGGGUAGUCAGUGUCUCAUCUGAAAUCAACUGUACUGGAAGUUCUGAUUUCUUUUAAACUUAGUUUCCCACUAAACUGAUUGCUACAUAAGUGGAAUGGGCCAUGGACAAAAAUAACAGCUGUAUCUUUUUUCUCCUUCAAAAGUGUAGCAACAGUAUCACAAGCAGUGUCAGUGAAGCAUGUUACCUGGAUUAGGUGAAAUAACACAUGACUAGGGAAAGGUGUGUGUGGGUGUGUGUUGCCGCAGUAUGUCUUCAGAGAGAAAAUGCAAGUAGUGCUUUUCUGAUUGAGUGGAUACCAAUGUCAGACAGUGGAAACUUAUUCUUUGAGCUGUAAAUGUACAGUAUCAUUUGUGUUGAUUUCUCUGUGGCACUGGUGCAAUAAAUUAUAUAGAACCA